UCUAAGAAGAAAAUUCAUCAACCAAUAAUUUUUAGCUCAAUAUUACUCUAUAAUUGUUCUUCUUAAAUAUAAACUGUUUGAUUUUGUGCCUUUGAUUGGAAGUAAUGUCGGACGGCGAGGAGCACCACCGCGGCCUCUUUCACCGCCACAAGGAGGAGGAGAAGGAGGAGAAGGAGCCUAGAACUGCUGAAGAGGAGUUGAAACAUCACAAAAACCUUGGGCACAUUAGCAAGGCUACCGCCCUUGCUGCUGGUGCUUAUGCCUUGCAUGAGAAGCACAAGGCAAAGAAGGACCCAGAGAAUGCUCACAAGCACAAGACAGCAGAGGAAAUUGCAGCCACACUUGCUGUAGGAGCUGGUGGUUUUGCAUUCCAUGAACAUCACAAGAAGAAGGAAGCCAAGGAAAGAAUCGAAGAUGAGGGUCGUAGCGGCUACUAAUCUUGUGUAAAAUUUUACCUUUGUUGAAUAAUCAUUGUGAAAAUAAAGUUCAACAUAGGAGAGUUUUUUUAUUUUUAUUGUACACAUGUAAUUUUGUUUUUGUGAGUAUUGAGUUUAUCAAUAUUCUUAUCAUUGUAUUUCUACCAAAAAAAUUCUAAAAAAAUUAUUUUGUGCCUA